CAAUAAUGACAUCCUUUCCACAUAAUUUGCGGCUACAUUUUCCGAGGCGACUAAACGAAGACAGGUUCUGCGAUGGAUGCGAUAACAAUUAUGGUAAGAAUUUUAUCUUUUUUUUUUUUUCUCGGCAGACAAUACAAUUGACAACUCAACACGCUUAAUUUUUGGACAACGCAUCUUAAGUAGAAAUCUAUAAUUUAGUAACUUAAAAGUCUGUCCGAAGUUACACAAUUUUUCACACCUUAACCUAUUGGCGGACGUACCAGUAAUUUCCCUCAGUUUGCUUAAAUUAUUAACACGUUAUAAUAAUCUUUUGUCUGUCUUUUAAUACACCACAGGUAACUUGGGUCACCAUCGCAUAUCUAUAUAUAGGUUUGUCCGUGGCUCUGCCGUUAAAACAGGUUUCUAACAAAACAAGUUCAAGCAGACCUCCAGUUACAGCACAUGUGCAACAGAACCUAGCGACUGACGUGCAGAAAAUUCUCAGCUUCCCAACAUACACAAGAAGGGUACGCCUGUACAACAAGAACGGAUUCUUUCUUCAAGUCUCUGAGGGGCGACGGUUGAGAGGUACAAGAAACUUCAACAAUCGGAACAGUAAGUACGGGUUAGCGACGAAUAAUUCAAAAUCAGCCGCAUUUACGUAAUCGCUUCAUAACUCGACUGUUCACAAUGUUUUGGUUCCGUCAACAAUGUAAAUUAGCACACAGGGAUAAGUAGACGUCCAUUUCACGAGAGCGUGUUUUGUUGACGCGACGAGAAACACUAGAAUAGACGGUUGUGUGUACCUACUUUAUACGACGGGGGCAAAUAAACCCCACGCACUGCCAGACUGUUAACAUCGCGAAGUAGUUUAAGUUUGUUCAGAGUAAAUGUUGCUUCCAUUAAACGGUGUGUGAGACUAGGGUCUUCAUUCAACCAUAUGACACGCCAGUCAUCAAAAUCCUGCGUCACUACAUUGUUAAUCGAUCGCUGCAAUAUUUCGAAACGACGACACAGCCCUACGCCCUUGUCCCUUUGCACAGAGAUUAUCUUUUAGGACUUAUUCCUCUUCUGGACUCAAAAAUCGUUUGAAGAAUUUACGCAAGAAAUAAGUCACUCAUUGACAAGUAAAUUCGGGAACUCAAAGCCCACCGAAUGACCCUCAGAGACCUGGCUACUUAACAUUACAAUCAAUGAAACAAAUUUCAAGCAAGCAGAACGUUAAGUCACAAUUUAAAGUCUCGAAUACGACUCCGGAUAGUGACUGGAGUCUUUGCGACCAAGAUCUGACAUCGCAAUAAGGCAUUUAGCGGACGGCUAAGUAAUGAUAAUGAAUCGACACUACACAACACAAAGACAUAAUAACCUCCAGCAAAACAGUUGCAAUCAUUAAGAAGUCAAACACAUAACCACGAAGCAAAACAAACGCCGAGUAAUAAGUCAUGCUAAUCUUGCCACAACAAGUUCAGUUGCGUUCGUGUUCAGUAGUAAAGUCGCUCUCUAGAAUUUAAAUGAUUACAAAAAAAGACGAUCAAGUCUGAUCAAGUGGACCGGAGAAAAUCGAAAAUGACUUCCUCUAUUCCUUGUUUGGAGAGAGCCAAUUUAAUACGCAAUAAUAACGACACAAGAUCAAAAGAAACUUGGCUAAUUAAGCAAUUGCAGUUUUUGUGGCCAAUUUACACUAAUCGUCUGUGAAAUUGAUGGCUCACGCUCCAAAAUAGAGUAAAAGAUCGUGUGAGGUCUACAACGAGCGAUCGGAACCGCUCCGAGAGAAUAUCCUUCCGACCCAAGGAAAUAUCCUUUUUAUUUUUUAACUGAAACCGUGACGCAAGAGUUCUGAAACUUGCCGGAACCGCACUAACACCAAACAAACAGUGAACCUUAUUAAUCUUUAUUUGUUUAUCCAUUUCCGGCGUUUGCAGGAUCGGUCGCGCCCCAUCGCUACCAAAAAAAUUAGACCUCCUAUAGUCAAGCGAAGUGUUGAAGGCAGAAGAGGGUUCUCGUGAAGGCACUGAACCGCUCAAAGAUUGUUUCCGGAAGGAUAGGGAGCAUUAUUUUUUCUUCAGGCAGAGAAUCGGAAAUAUGACGUAAAGUGUUUUCUUUUCCUUCCUUCAUUAUCUGGAGAAAGGAAGAAGUCGAAAAACAAGGAAACCACAACUAUAUUACAGGUUGUUUGGCAGCAAUUUUCCGGGAUAUAGGGCGACACAGAAUUACACUGGCGCGCCACUGGGCCGUAUAUUUGAUAAAAUAUAUACAUUUUAAAAACGGAAAACAGCAUCCCACGCAAAUGCGUAGACGUCUUAAUCUCAUUUUAAAAUACUGUGGUACGAGUCUUUGGUGUCGCUGCGAAAAGGCUUAGUUUUUUUUUGUAUUUUGGCGCGAAAAGGCUUAGUUAGCCUAGUCUGUGCACUUAUUAAAGAGUGAGGGCUUACUUUGAUGGGGCUUUCGUCUCAAAAGUAAAUAAUAUUCGAGAUUAGGAAACGGAAACCAAGUUAGAGCUACUCGAAAUCCGUAAAUCUGCUUCCGAAGUGGAUAACUACUUCCCCACAAACCGCAGGAUCGUUUUAGCGCGCGAGCCUAAAACGAAUGAGUUGUAUUAAAAAAAACGUAAUAAAAUCAAACCUUUUGGCAUUCCUUUAUCGCGUGACUCGCUCAAGGAGACCUACUGCGCGUUUUAACAGACAACAUUCAAAGGAAAAUUAUUGAUAUACGUCUUGACACUUGUAAGACUAUUUACAAAGAGGCGCACGCUGGUUAAAUUAACGUAGCUCUGUCGUAAGAUAUUUUUAGAGCUGUUUCGCAGAGGAGUAAAAUUAUGUCGGUUCUCAAUUAAGGUACUUGAAGUAUCCAAAAGCCAAAAAUAGAAUACGCACCACCUCAGAUUUGGAAUUUCGAAGGAUGAUUCAUCAUGUUUUGAUGUUUGGUUCUUUAGAGUUCUCACGUCGCGCAUAAAUAUACGUAAAUAUACGCUCUUAUACGCGCAAAUAUAGAAUACAAAACCCAAUAUUGGGCUCAAUUUCAAGCCAUGCAUUAGAAAGCUAAUAUAUUAACAUAACUAAUAAUUUAAUGAUCUUUGAAUUAUAAACAAGUGCCACACGUCUCGCCAUCGCGAUGCUCUGUUUUUUUCCUUUUUGAUAUUCUCCCUUCUUUUUCCGGUUGAAAUUUUAGCUAUUUCCGGUAAAUCGAAGAGAGCUUUCCAUUUGUCAGAACUGGCCGGCCGCACCAUUGCCGGACGAGUCAGUUAGCAAAUGAUUCGGCUUUUUCCAAGGGUUUUUGCUGAAAAACCAUCUCCUUCGUGCAUACUAUUUGGGACUUGACUGAUCGAGCUGGAUAGUUUUGAUUAACAGUGAAAUUCUCAUUACCGCGACGGGAACGGUCUGGCCGGUCAGUUGGGCUCUGUCGAAGGGCUUGAGCACUGCAUGCGAAAGCAUGCAGAAAGAAUACUAACCACUAAAGACACUGUGAAGAGGGGCUAAGACUUCAGACUAAAUGAUUCAUAGUCGGUUCUGAAACCAAAGGGUCGGUUAUUUAAGCGAAGUCUAACGUAGGCCGAGGUUUAAGAAAUCAUUGGACCUAAUCAGGCUAGUGCUUUUCCAGUCUACGCUAUAUGCUUUAUUGAAACUGUGCACGAUAAAUGGUGUUUGGAUGAAAGCGGUAAGCAAACUGAAAAUGGCUUAGAACGCGGUUCUGUUAAACACGGGCUAAAGUCCUUUUAAAUGACUGGCCCAAAGUAUUUUCGUUUAAACGGCGUUGUAGCAUCUUUCAUUUGUAGUGUAUCGUGUUCAACUAACAAUCCUGCAUUGAGUGACGUAAUGCCAAAACUACUUGUGCAUGAGUGCUUAUAUACGUGAGAAAAAUUUUAACGUAAAUAGAAUGGCCAUUUUUUCGUUUUUUUUUUUGGUAGAAGGGCGUCUGUUUUCGUUAGGUUUUCCCUUGUUUAUCCGAUGCCACCAUGUUAUUCUUGUCAAACGCACUGCUCAGAGGGUGUACUAAAGCGAUUGAAUAGCCCGUGAAGUAAAAGCUGCAGUAUUUAUUGGAUCGGAAGAUAUGUAAAAUCUCUGAUGGAAAAUUGAAUUUGAGACAUCGGCGUCCUCAUUAAAAAACCCUCACAUUUCUUUCCCUUUUUUAGUUUUUGUUUUCUUGUUUUUGUAAUUCGAAUUCCCGGCGUAAACUUUUCCCGGUGAAACCAUUUAAAGGGUACUUUUCCAUGAAAUUUAACGAUUUAGAAUUUAUUUGCGCCCGGGAUGUUAAGUGUACGUUACACAUUUUUGUGUUGUUGUUGUUGUUGUUGUUGUUGUUUUUUAUAUAUAAAUUGGCUAUGCGGCAUUUUUCACCUGAAAACAAUUCCUUUUUUUGGGGGUAUACGGUAUAUUUCGUUUCCGUUUAGCUGCGGAAAAAUGGGCAUAAAAACGUGCAAUUUUUUGGAAAUAUUUCAAGACGAGCUGAAUGCUAUAUUAUGCGUUUUACAACCAACGUUCAAACCUGUCUGGCAACAAAUCAGUUUGUUGGAAGCUGCGCGAAUGGUUAAAAUUACGCGAGAGUCGCGCUAUACACAGAAUUUACGUAACUUGUUGCAAAACAAGUUGUCCUUGAGGCCGGUAAAACGCGCAACAUGUGCAGAUUUUGUUGCAAAAAGGAUUGAUGCUGGACAAGUUUGAUUCGUGGGUGGUAUAAAACGCGCAAAAUCGCUACUUAACUAGUUUUGCAGCAAUGUUGUAAAACAAGUUGACGUCAGUUUUUGUUGCCAGUUUCACCGUUCCUUUAGGUUGCUGAUAUAUGGAGAAACUUUGAGAGAAAUUUGGGUAUUGGCUAAAUUAAUUCGGUUAUAGCGGCAUAUUACUACUCGCUCUAGCCAACCCUAGAUACUACGGACGGAAAACAUGGGAAAACACAAUAUCAAAGUUCUUAAUCCUAAUUCAAGGCACUAUUAUUCCUUUCCACGUGGUCUCUUUUCCGUAUAUUCAAAGUAGGAGUUAAUAAGGCUAACAACCUAAUCGACCAUUAAUCAUUGUAUUUAUAUCGCGUUUCAUCGCGAAAUGUGCCAGGAUAUCAACGCUGUGUGCGAUUACACGAUGCAAUAAAAAGCUAAAUUGGGAUAAAUAAUCUAUAAUUAGCCAAACUCACAUAUGGGAGAUAAAGGAAUUAGAGUUAAGGUUGAUUUCCACUGACGCGUUUUUGGCUACGCACGUUAACGCACGUAAAUUUUAAUCACAUAAAUAAAAUAGAGGCAAGAUAAAAAGUGCUGAGCUUAAACGAGGAGUUGAGCGAGGUUCAACUUUUACGCUUAUACGAGCGACAUUUCAUGCAUUGCCUCUAUUUUAUUUGCGAACGCGAAUUUUACGCACGUACGCACGUAAAAAAUUACGCGACACUGGAAAUCAACCCUGUGUAACGAAAUAUAUCAAAAUUCAAACAGAGGGAAGACUACCAACUUGAGUGAAAUAUUAAAAUAACCACUCAAAAAGUUAGAGUAAGGUAUAAAUGACACAGCAAAUAAAAAAGGAAACGAGGGUGGAUAAACUUAAAGAAGAUUGAAACGGAUUGCAAUGGCGGUUUUUGAAAACUUGUUAGCUUGACAGUUUUUCAAAGUUCAUAAAUGCUUGGGAGACAUAUUUGAGGGGCACCCAACGACGGUUUCCUCCUAAACACAUUCAUAAUACUUUUUAGGCUAUCAGUUCUCUAGAAAUGCAUUCUAAGCGACGAUAUCAAAUUUGUAUCUGUUCGGUCAUUCUAGGGGAACUUAAGUCUUUUCGAAAUUAUAAGGGCUUGAGUAUUGUUUUCCCGAAAAUUUUAGAUGCAAUUUGACGUAUUACGAAAGUGAGACAUUUUCUCAUUUCUCUCUCCACUGCAUUUUUGAGUCUGAAAAUUUUAGGGUUUCUUUUCCCUUACGGAAAAUAGUCUAAACUUGGGAAAGUGAAAUGUGAAAAUUAAUUCCUACGGAAUUUAUUAGAUAAGCUUUGAAAAUUGUACAUGAGUGGAAAAAUCAUCUAGAAUUUUUAGCCGUCCUCAAGUAAUCGAAAAUUCUGUUUUCACAGAAAACAGUCUUUGGGUGCCUCUGAUAUGUAUAUAUAUAUUUUUUUUACACAAAGCACUGGUUUUGUCAUUUACAGUUAAUUUCACAAGUUUCAUAGCAAGUAAAGACGCGUAAAUGGCACAAAAAAGAAAAUCAACAAGGUAGCUGUCACACUGCCCUUUUAACACAAGAGCAUAGUUCUACAACACAGUGAAUUGGUUUAAUUGUCUAUACCUCAAGUAACACAAAUGACCAUUAAAUUCCUACAACAGCGGCUCAAUUGAAAUUUAUAUUUUAAAACCAAAUAAACAAGUAAAGGAGUACACUAUAUUGUAUAUUGUAUAUUCACAUCAAUAAAAGGAGAAAUUGCACAAUUGUACAAAAAUAAGUACUGUUUUCCUUUGAACGGUAAUAUCCAGAAUGACAAACAACCACUAUCCAGGGUGACAAAGCCGGAUCAACAUUCGUUAAAAAAAAAGCACGAGGAUAAAAAAAUAACAUGAAUGCCAAACAACAAUAUAUAUAUAUAUAUAUAAUUUUAUAUAUUUGCUUUAGUUUACGACUCUGUUGGGGUUCUCGCAGAAUCAAUAGCUUUUUAUAUUUUUUUAAAAAAAGCAAAACAUAAAAAAACGUGAGGCUGAAAAUGUGUUUCUCAAAACAGAGCAAUAAAUAUCACUUAAAAUUUUGACAUUUCUAUUUUUACUUUGGAUUUAUUUCUCCCCUAAGUCGCUGCUUGUUAAGUUCAGAGCACUCUAAAAAGCACGCAAGCUUCACACGCAUUCAAGACCAACGCAAAAAGAGGGCUUCUGUGUAGUCAACCAGAUAAUUGCCGAAUUAGCUUCGCACUAGGGGUAACAGGCAAUGAUAAAAUACACUGCUCAAACCCUCUGACCACAGCCGAAAACUGUUGGUAUUGUCCCACUAGUCACCCCAUGCACGUGAGGGAAUCCAAGCUAGUCUUGGAUUCUGGAGUCCACGAAUUGUACCCCGGAUUCUAGGUACUGGAUUCCGGAUGUUUUGUCAGUGGACUUUGAAUCCCGGAUUCCAAUCGUUAGUGAGAUUCCAGAUUCCUUGAGCUGUAUUUCGGAUUGGUUUGUAGGCCCAGGAUUUCGGAUCCCACAUGCACAAAUUUCCCCAAUUCCACAAGCAAAAAUUUUCCUGAUUCCGAAAUCCCCAUUCCCUUACAUGGAGCGAUACUAGAAACACUUACAGUUUUGUUCUAUCUUUCGUUGCAGCGCUACUAGACAUGGAGUCAAUGGGAACAAGUGUGGUGCGACUCAAAGGCGUGGUGUCGAAUUCUUAUUUCUGUAUGAACGGCAAGGGAAUACCACAUGUUAUGGUGAGUUACAUCACUUGCUGACUCUGUAAUGUACUUCCUAGGAUAUCUCUGGUUAAAACACUGACACAAUGACAGGAAAUAAGUAUUGGACAGACUUUUAAAUUAUUAGCUUGUCGUUAUGCGUUACAUCGAUGGAACGGUAGAGGCAGAAAAUGUGAAUAAAAUUGCCCUUGAUUUGGAGUAUACAUUUUCCGGAGAGUUUUUCAAGGUAAAGACUGCAUAUAUCGUGUUUAUGGAUUCUACACAAGGAAGACAAAAGUAGAACAGCGUCUUCAAUUAACUUUUUUCAGGCUCAAAAUCGGUUACGCAAACCUGCCAUGUGGGUCUUAUUUCUGCGUCAGUAGAAGGUAGCACUUUGUUACGACCAUUCAGUGAAACCUCAUGUUUACCAAGUUUCAAACGUAUUUAGGAUUGAUGUGAGACAUCGACCGUUCGGUACAAUUUUCAUCAAAAUACCCAAAGUAGUCAAACCACGUAACAUUUUCGCGAAAAUAAAAAACACGGAAACAACCUGUGAAUCAAUAAGUUAGCCAAUCAGGUACCGUUCUAUUCAUCAGUUGGCAUGUACAUUAGCCCUUCUAUCAAAUAAUGCUAAUUCUUGCCUCUCUCCAUCUUCAGGCCCAUCCCUCAGACGAAUGCUUGUUUAGAGAAACGUUAGGACCGAAUCAUUUCCACACGUAUACCUCUUACAAGUACAGUGGCAGGAACUCGGGAAACAUAACCCAUGAAUUCUAUAUCGCUAUCAAGAAGAACGGCAAGCUUAAGCACGGUGCUAACACAGGCCCUAUUCAAAAAUCUGUGGAUUUUAUGGUACUGCCACUGAAAAAGAGAAAUCAAUAGAAUGUUCUUCUAAGGUAAAAUGUUGGGACAAGACGGCGAGAAAGCAUUCGAAUGUGGCAGCCUCGUGUGUGGGAAGAGUUUUUGGUGUUGAGGGUGUGGCCACGGAGGGGUGGCUAACUGGCACAAGCUGAACACCUUAUUGGCAAGCGGCGCUAGACAAGUUUUAAUCAUCCUCAACAUCGUUUUUACCAUCAUGAUUAUUAUCAUCAAACAACAAGAUAGAUGGAUGGUAGAGGGAUCUAAAAGCGAAUAUGUAGUAGUAGAUACAGACCAGAGAAAACAUAAUUAAUAAGUCCCGUAAGAGAGCGCAAGAGUACUUAUGGAUAUGCAAACAGUGAUAUCGUGACUUUAGAGAUUCAAAGUUCAUCUGCAUACUGAUAGCGGUGAACAAGUCUCAAGUCGAGGCCAUCAAGUUGGGAGGUACCAACUGACACAAGCCAACCAAUUUGUAGAGUUGUAAAAGUUGCAGACAACUGUUGCUGAGUUCAGCAUCACUAGAAGGAGAAACGGAAGCGUACAGGGACAAUAUAUCACAAACAGAGAAACGCUCGCUAAAAAUUGAGAUGAAACUGUUUCAAACAUGGUGAACGACAAGACCAUGAGAAGUUGAAAAUUGGCAAGAUAUUAAAAUGGACUCGUUGAAUACCACACACCAAACACGUCGUUAGCCAAAUAGCUCCAGGUAGAAAAAAAACUGUUCCUGGGUGUAGAAGCAGUGACAGGUUACGUACAUCUCGUACUACAGCUAAACAAGAAGAGGGAUGUCAGAAGUACACCAACACCGAAGACGGCGAUGACAUUGUUUGAAAACUAUAUUUAACGACAAAAAGGCCAUAAGGUUGUCCCCUUUAAUAGAAUCAGGUCACUUUAAAAUGC